UACGUUUUAUCAAAACAAUCGGCGAUUUCGAUCUCGGCCUCGUACCUCCACAUUGUUUGAUUCUUGAUAGAAUAGCUACCGACUGCUGCACAAGGUCUUCUGACCCGUAUCUUUCUUCGCUGCCCUCAAUUUAGAACAUCAAAAGUUUUCGUUUUCCCCGUUGACUAGUGUUGGCCAAGCCCAUGUCAACAUCCAAACCUGAUUCAUCAGAGUCUUCAGCAACACCAACGAACAAAGGAUGGAAUUUGGAUGCGCCAUCCUAUGUUCCUGACAACUCGGCGCUCGCGCAGACACCGGCGACGGACCCCAGACGGGGCCAUCAUGGUGGCGGCCAAAGUGGUCGUGGCCGAGGGAGAGGUCAGCGAGGACGAGGGAAUUUUCGCGGCAGGUCCGCAUAUAAGGGUGGGUCAGGCUAUGGAUAUGAAUAUCCGUGGCAACCAAGGGUAUACUAUGGGGAAGAGGGAUAUGUGCAUUAUGGGAGCCCAGACGCAAGAAGAUAUCAUACUGAUGCCGUUUUGCUUGCCGGAGGAGACCCUGGAUAUGGUGGCGACGGGGGAGUAGGCUACACAGAAGGGUAUUCGUACAUCAACCCAGGUCCGGACAACGUAAGUCUACCGUCAUACCAGAGCCAAGAUUUUGCAGAUCGGUCGCUGUCGUCCGAUACAGAGCGCGACAAUGAAACGGAUAAAGCAGAAUCUUUGGCAGAUUCAGUCAUAACGUCCUCCACGUAUACCGAUGCGACAUCGAGCUCCUUUGUUGAAUCGCUCAUCACCCAAUCCUCUCGAGGAAGUGGGUACAGGAAUCUGAAUCAGCAGCAUCGUCUAGGCGGACAGGCCUCCUUGAGACAGCAAGCUUCGAUGAACUCUGAGGAACGAAGAUUGGAGCAGCGGCAAAAGCAGAUAGACUAUGGCAAGAAUACGGUAGGAUAUAAGCGAUAUAUUGCGAUGGUGCCAAAGCACAAGCGUAAGAGAGGGGAUCCGGAGACGCCAAAGAAACACGCCAAAUGCAGCAAGAGAUGUUGGGAUGGUUUGAUAAGACAUUGGCGGAGAAAGCUGCAUGAAUGGGACCCACCAGAAAUGAAGGAACAGGGGCUAUCGGAUCUUGAGUUCUCGGAUAUUAUCAAGGAAUCUGUCCGGACAACCACUGAUCAGCUAGAGGAGAACUUGAAGCACCCAACGGAACUAGCUGACUGGACUUUUCCUCCCGUGACGAAGGAACCUUUGCGUGUGAAACCCACUCCGCUAGGCGAAAGUCUGAAACAGCCGCAAGCGGCCAGGAACCUAGGCUUCGGGUCCACACCACCUCCAACAGAGCCUCUUCGGCCACUUUGGGACCAGUUUUCGAUAGAUGAGCUGGAUCAAAAGUUUGCAUCUAAAUUAAGACCUUGGGAGACGUUCGAGGGCUUCGGUCCAAGUCCAACCCGCCGGACAACAAAGCGCGGAGAUGAUCCUUUAUCGUGGGCGGAAUUUUCCAUUGACGAAUUGGACGAGAAGUUUGGUCAUAAGUUGCGCAUAUCCGAAGCAAUUGAUUUAACAUACAGUCCAUUAAAUAACUCGACGAGCUCACCUUUCACCCCUUCCCCUCGAUCUAAGCUCGCUCCGAUUGGUCGACCGACCCCGGUGAAGAGAUUGAACCCUAUGGCAGCUAGUUUUGAUGUGCUUGGCGCGUCACCGAUCAGCAGCGAUACCCAUCAUACCGGGGACUCGUCGGUAACACCUAGAACACAUAGAUCCAACAGUAUCGGUUUCUCAUAUUCGGAUCCCCGGCGAUUGCACAACCACCAAAUGGAGGGCUCUGCAAGCCCUCUAAGUCUGUACGAGGAAGAAGAUUCUGUUAUGGUCAUAUACGAUCCAGCCGCGUCAUCAUCGGUUCCCUCCUUGACGUCAUCUACGCUACCCUCCCGGGCGGCAAGUCCUUCCAGGACUGCGAUGGGAAGAGAAGCAACACCGCAGUCGCUUUGGGGGAAUGGGAGUCCUAACAAGGGGUCUCCAGGAAUUGGGCGAGUGGGCGCAGGAGUAGGAGAGGUGGGUGGCGGGACUCUCUUAGAUGGCGUCUGGUAAGAAAAAAUGGCCGAAUCUUUGGUUGGCUUGUUUUCAGCUGUUGCCAAAAGUCGGAGGUGCUUGGCGCCUCUUGUGUGUAUUUAACCUCUGUGCCCACAGCAUGACAAUUGAAAUAAAAGUUCUGUCGUGUCUAACUCGUCAUGGAGACAUUAGUACUAAGGCCAGA